AUGUCGCAAGGAAGGAGUAAUAUUCCGAUGGAAUCGUGCGAAACAGUUAAAUCGGGCAUUAUUGCUCUUUCGACAAGACUAAUUCAAGAAACUAUUGAAAAAGCACUUAAGUCACAACAAGCUAUAUAUUGGCUCACAAAUGAUACAGCUUUAAUACGCUUUGUUAAUAAAGCAUUACGUGAACAAGAUAUAUACAUAUUAUUUGUAUUACGUUUUCUUCUUGUUGAUAUUCAUAAUAAAUUAAUUCAAUAUCAAGCAGAUUCAUUAAAUACAUUUCAUAUACAACCCAUGAUGAAAUCUCAAAUAGAAAGUAUUUUAGCUUAUUCAAGUCAAUUAUUGGUUUUUAGUGGAUUUUUAUUUGCAUCAACAAAUAAGCCUCGAAUAAUAUCUAAUAUGAACAAUAAUGAUCAAUUUGAAACAGUUUUGAUUGAUUUUAAAGAAAAAUAUCGUUCUGAUGUAGCACCUUUUGCUUUUCUUCGCGAUAUCAAUUCUAAUAUUAAUAAGCAAAUGAAUCAGGAUCAAGAAGUUAUUUUUAUGUGUGGUUUAAUAUUUCAAGUUGGUUCAUCAUUAUUUAAAAAUUGUAUAUGGACACUUGAACUAUCAUUAAGCAGUGAUGGUGAUGUGCAGUUAUUAUUGACAAUGACACAACAAUUGAAACGAAGUCAUAAUUUAUGUACUAUUAGUGAUUUACUUAUUCAUUGUAAAAAAAAAACAGAUAAGGCAAUUAUUUAUUAUCAGUGUCUUCUCAAUAAAUUGCUUGAAAAGCAUGUCUUAAUGUCACAAAUAAAUAAAGAGUUAGUCAAAAUAAUGCCUGCAGUAAAUUCAGAUAAAUAA